ACAAAACUAGCCAAGAGUCCGCCCAGUGACUAUACUUAUGAAAGACGCCCCCUGAACCUGCUAAACUACGGAAAAGAGUGACAUUUGUUUGUGGCAUUUCUACUGCGCAAAUCGUUUCUUGGAUUUUUCUUCUUGUUCUGGCGGUGCGGCCUUGCUUGGAUCGAACCGUGCCUGCUCGGGAUGCUUUGCUCGUCUUCGUCCUACGGCACGCAGCGGCCAGGGUCCUCGUCUUCUGACCUCGAGGCUGCACCUGUCUCACCGCUGCCGGCCUCUACAAAUGGCCAGGAGACGGACGCGGAGAGUUGCUCCUUUUGCCUCGAAGCCAUUUCGUGGAGCCAAAGACAGCCGGUCGACUUUCGGGACAUCGUCGAGAAAGCCAUACACGACCCGGCUGUGGUAAAGGCCGUUCAGUGGGUGGCACUUGCGGAAGCCUUCUGCGAAAGCGUCAUACGAGGCGAUGAGAACGCGGGAACGGUGGCCUGCCUCUGCGUCUUCUUUAUUGGAAGGGCCAAGACCACGGCUUUCUCGUGGACUCUCAUCAACACCGUCCGCAAAUGGUUCCAUCGGCGCGGGGAGCUGCUGGAUGCGCCCGAAGGAUGCCCACGUCGUUGGACGACCUACGUUGUCCUGGUGACGGAGCUAUUCCUGGGACUGAGGCGCAUCAAGGCAACCAGCGACAGCGUGUACUUGGCGGCGCUCGUCUGCGAGUGCUCCCUCGUCAUUCUGUGGCCAACGGUUGGCGGCCACGCUGAGAUGGAGUGCCUGUGGUGGACGCUGACCGUCGCCGGCCAAGCCGUGAAGUGUGCCACGCCACGGCUUAUGGAGAUGCUGAUUGACCGCAUGCGCGACGCUUUUCUGCAGUCGGGGGUGUCGCCUCGCACGCGUAGCACGCUGCUCGAACUCAUGGAGCUCCACGCUUCAGGGUGGAAGUUGAGCUCGGCGCAGAUGAAGUACUAUUAUUCGCAUGUACACUCAUAAAUAAAAAAGGUCUCUGCA